UUUUACUCUUUACUAUUCUUUUUGAAUGUUUAUCUUCUUUUACUCUUUUGAUGGGCUUCCAUUUGGGUUUUGAGGGAAAUGAGGCUGCUAUAAUUAACUGAAGUUUCUCUCUCUCCUACUCGUUUCUUUUCUCUCUUUGGUUAAUUUGGAGACUCUUAAGGAUCGAUUUGAACUCAUUUAAAAUUUCUCAACCAUUUUGAAAGGUUCUUCUCAGAUCUGCAGCAGUUUCUCAAAAGGAUUUGAUGAACUCAGUAAGGCCAAACAAAUGGCGCAGCAGGAAGGUGGAUGGCCUCUUGGUUUACAGCCAUUACAUGUGAGAGUGAACCUCAUGGAAAACCAUGUAUUGACAGAGCCCAGAGCCUUUAAUACCUUAAUAGCCGUAUCUCCCAGUUUCUCUUCCCAAUCUUCAUCGGAUCUCGACACUGUGUCUACUGGGUCUUUCUUUUACGACAAGAGCGUCACUCUCGGGAACCUCAUUGGCCUUCAACAAGAAUUAGGGGCCUCAAAUGGAAGAACCAACACAAGAGACCUCAAUCAAACCAGGCAAAACCAUAAGAAUCAGAGCUCCAAAUCAUGGUGUUGCCUCUAUACAAGAGCUGAUGCUCAGAGCAUCGAACCCAAUUCAACUCCCUCAUUGGGUCAAUUUCUCGAAGUAGAGAGAAGGGCAGCGGCCCAUAACAAGAGGGAGAAACUGUACAUCAAUUUUAUGUACGAGGACCUCACAGCUUCUAACACCAUUUUUGAGACUAACCCUCUUUUCUCAGAAGGCCGGGUUGUUCCCCCUCAAUCCAUGAACUCUCAAGGGAAUCCACCUUCUGUGUUACAACCAGAUUGGUUACUCUCUCAUGACAGGCUUGAAAGAAAUACAUUUGGGUCGAGGGUUCCGACCCUUCUCUCUAGCAUUUGUGGGCGUACAAGUAUCAAAGCCUAGUAGUUCUUGUAAAGUAUUCUUUUGCUUCCUACUACUAUUACCAUAACGAUGGAGAUUUGGGUUUUGGUGUCAUUGUGUGUGUGCUCUUGGUUUUGGAGUUGGAAAUUUUAAAGUGAACUUUUCCCUGAAAAAAAGAAAAAAUCAAAGUGAGCUUGGAUUCAGUUCCUCCUUUGUCAGCCCUAUUGUGUUAUCUGAUCUUUUUUUGAGCAUGUAACAUAAUAAUGUUUUGUGGGUCUCCAGGCUUUUUGCUUGAAAUCUUGAUCUGAUUUUUAAAGUUUUGUUGGGAAUUCAGAUCAUAGAAUGGGCUGUAUACAUCCCCCCAAACUUCUUUGUAUAUGUAACUUUGAUCACUAUGUGACUUUAUACUGGUCA